UCAUUCUCCUUCUCUCUCUCUUUCUCUCUGUCUCUCUCUCUCUCUCUCUCUCUCACUCAUACACACACAUAGACAAACAAACCUACAUUAUCUGUCACCAAAGCCCCUAAAAGAAACAAAAUACCUGAAAGGGUUUUCCUUCACAACUCACCAAACCCCUCAUCUCUUGUUCUUAUACAGAAAAAAAUGGUAAACUAUUUUGUGUUAUCAUUCAUGUAUAUAUCUCUCUAGAGCCACUUCAAGAAUUCAUCCAAUAAGAAUUCAUUUUCCUCUUUGUUUUUCCCCCCCUUCAUUUCUACUCAGAAAACUCAUCCCCUCCAAGUUAUAUAUGCCAUGGACACCAACUCAACCUGGAAUAAUCUUCAUCAUAUGACCAUGGAAGAAAAUACCAACCACCAACACCAAAUUCCCUCCAAUUCAUUUUGGCCAAACUAUCCUUUUGAACCGCAUCAAAUACCUACUCCAUCAUCAAAUUUCACAAGUAGCGGUGAUCAUCAUCAGAUAGGGAAUCAUCAGUUGGAAGAAGAGGACGAGCAAGAAGAAGAAGAAGAGUUGGGAGCUAUGAAGGAAAUGAUGUACAAAAUCGCGGCGAUGCAGCCUGUGGACAUUGAUCCGACCACAAUUCGUAAGCCUAAACGACGGAAUGUCCGGAUUAGCGAUGAUCCACAGAGCGUGGCGGCGCGUCACAGGAGGGAACGAAUAAGCGAGAAAAUCCGAAUCCUACAAAGACUUGUUCCAGGUGGAACCAAGAUGGACACAGCUUCCAUGCUAGAUGAAGCCAUUCGGUACGUCAAGUUCUUGAAGAGACAAAUCCGUUUGCUCCAAUCAAACCAAUGUGUGGGAAAUUGGGCUUUUGCACCUAACAAACCACCUGGCUCGUCUAGUGACGCCGCGAUGACGAACACCACCGCCGGAGCUGCCGGAUUUGGGUUUGGAGGAGCCAACAGGGGAGAUGGUGGUUUGUCCUAUAAUAAUCAUGAGGUAAUUAGUGAUGAUUAAGUGGGAAAUUAGUAAUUAUUCUGGUAAUUGUAAUUAAGGCAAGUGUACACAGAGUUUGAAGUUUUUAAUUUUUAGUGUUAAAAAAAAAAGAAAAAAGUGAUGGAUUUUCAUGUGGGAGAGGAAAAUGGCUAGCUAGCUGUUAGGAUAUUGUUGAC